AAAAGAUUUCUGCUAAACAACUCACGCAGAAGGGAAAACGCAGGUGUUCUAGUUACAUUUUUGGUAAAAAUGGAUGAAUACCAGCACCCACUGUUUUUUGAAGCCAAUGACUUGACUGACAAAGAGAAGGAGAAGAUUAGGAGGUACUUUCAAAAAAGACGAGAGUCUGGUGGAGGUGAAUGUGGAAUGAUUGAAACGACCGGAGACAACACCUAUAAAAUCUGUUUUAGGAAUAGAGAAGACCAAGAAGGGGUUCUGAAGAGAAAAAAACACACUGUCACACUGCCUAGUAGGGAGUUACAUCUGACUGUGAAAACCAGUUCCCCUCAAACCUCUGAUCCACUGUCAGCACAGACAUUCACCAAAACAAACACAAAAGGCCUUGAGAAGAUUUUCAAUUUAGACAUUUAUUUAAUGAAUUACCUAAGGGACAACUCUAAAGCUUAUAAACUAUUAGAGAAACAACUGUCUGCUAUCGGCUGCUCAGUGGAGCUGGAUUUUAACCAGGAGGAGGCAGUGGUGAGAGGGGACAUAGAAAAAGGACCUGGAAGAGGUUUUGGUGCUGCAGAGAAAUGGGAGAUACAGGUGGACCGGGUCUUCAUUGGUUUGACUGACAGCUAUGUUUGCCACCAUGUGCUGGACCCAAAGCAGAUCAGAGUCCUAGAACAGGACUCAUCCUUUGCUUCUGAUGAUAUCAGAGUUUACAAAGAGUUUGGCUACUCUGUAGUUGUGGGAGAGGUUGGGGCUUUAAAUGAGAGGAUUGCUAAUCUGGAAAAGAGAGUGACUAUCCGGAAGGACAUCCCAGUUGUGGAGAAGAAGUUAAAACUUGUUAAUGAAAAGUUCAUGAAAGAAAUGCAUGCAAAUUACCCAGAUGUUAAAAUCAUGAUAACUAAUGUGGUCACUUUGGAAGGACCUGAGAAGGAGGUCCAGUCAGGAGCUAGAAAACUUGAUGAACUAAUAAACCACGUAAAGGAAAAGAGACUUAACCUCCCUAUAGAGUUAAUAACCUUCCUAAAAUCCAGUGGCGCUAUCACCAAGUACCAGGCUCGGUUCCAACUGAACCUCAGAAAUCCUGUUUCCCUCGAGUUGGAACCAGAUCUGGUUCUGACUAGUCUGUCCUCAGAUGCUCUGGAUGAAGCUGAAGCUGCAAUAAUAAGAGACCUCACAGUGGACACUGUGGAGCUUCAGGGAGCUGCAGCUGUUCCUCAAAAUGUGGACAGAGUGAAAGAAAUCCUCACCAAAGCAAAGGAUAAAGAAAACUCUAGAGAGUUAAGAGUGGAGACCAGUUUCACUCCAAGAACAAGUGGAAAAUUUGUGACAAAGGUCCAACUUGUAGGAUACAGUGAAAAUGUGAGGAAACUAAAAGAGGUUCUACAUGACUACCAGAUGAACCAUGUUGCAACACAGGAAAUGAUGGAUCUAUCUCCAGAUUUGGUCGACUGUUUUGAUAAAGUCUUAGGUCUCUUAGAGGUGAAACAGACAGAGGUGACAUUAAAAGCCUCAAAAACUCCACGCCCUCAUGUGCUUGUGUCUGGUCCCCGUUGUUGGGUACAGGAAGCUCAGAGAAACCUAAGAACCUCUCUAGCCAGUCUGAAAUCUGAUACAUUGGUUCUGGAUGGAUCAGGAGCUCAGCGGUUCUUCCAGGCAGAAGGUAGAACAAACAUGGAGCUGGUGGAGACUGCCUGUAAGGUCAUUAUCAGGGAGGGGAAAUGUGUCCUCUCACCAAACGUGACAACAAGACCACGAAGCAUCAGCAGCUCCAGGACCAUCAGUUGUAGAAGCUUACAAAUGCCCAGAACAAAGCUAGAGAUCAAGAUUGGUAGUUUAGAAGAUCAGAAGGUUAACGUGUUGGUGGCCCCCAUGCUCAACAAGAAUCUGACCUCUACGAAAAUUGGCAAAUGUUUGUCGGUUAAAGUGGUGGCUGGAACUACAAUCAGGAAUAACUUUCAUCUGAUGGCAGCAAAGUGCACUCUCCAGCCUGGAGACGUCAUGCAGGUUGAUGCUCCUACAUCUCUGGGCUGCUCCAAGAUCUUCUUCAUUGAGUGUCUGCCGUGGGACGGAGUCAGAGGACAGAGUGUACAGGCUCUUGCUAGUGGAUUGAAGAGGUGUCUGGACCUCUGUGUGCAGCAGGGCUGCAGUUCAGUUGCCUUUCCUGUCAUUGGACCAGGACUGGUUCUAAAGUACCCACUGAGAGAAGCUGUUGAGGUCUUGACUGAGACCAUUCGACAGUUUCAGUUAUCUGCAUCCUCUGGGUCUCUGUCCACCAUCCAUGUUGUCAUUAAACCUGGCUAUGCUAAUGCAGAAGAGUGCUACCAUGAUGUAUACAGACUGCUCAGUUUGAACAUGACCCAGGGAGGCCAAGUAAUUUUCAGGUCAAUCAGUACUGACCUUGAUGAGAUCUCCAUGACUGUGGAAGGCGGCGUUAAGCUAACGCUGGUGUUUGGUGACAUCACUAAUGAGACCACAGACGGCAUAGUAAACACAACUGACUUUGUGAAUUUUAAUGACGAUGGUGUGUGCAAAGAUAUCUUAACUGUAGCUGGUCCAGAGAUCGAGGCUCAACUGCAAAGAGCAAAAGUGAACCAGGGAGAGGUUUUUGCUACAAACCCCGGCUUGUUCCCUUGUAAAGCUAUUUUACAUGUGUGUGGACAACGAGAUGCAGGUGUCAUCGAACAACUGGCCAGUAAAAUAAUUCAUCAUUGUGAAACUACUAAAUUAAAAUCUGUGUCCAUUCCUGCCAUCUGUGCUGGAGCUGGUGAAAUGGACCCUGUUGUUGUGGCAGGAGCCAUCCUCCAAGGGAUCAAAACCAUCACCUCAUCUACUGCCCUUUACUGUCUGACUGACAUCCGCCUCGUGUUGUUUAAGAUCAAUGUCUUCUUGGCCUUUAAAGAGAAAGCAAUGCAGAUGUUUCCUACUGCGGUGAUUGACAAAGUGUCUGCAUCUCAGAUGCCUCAUGUACAGCAGCAACAGCCAACUGCCAACACAGACCUCAGCGUCAUCUUCACCAGCUCAGCAAACCAACAGUCUGUCUUCCACUUCCUGGGUUUCACCACACAAACUGUGGAAAAUGCUAUGACAAAGCUAAAGGAUCUCUAUCGGGCUCAGUGCUCCAGACAAACCCUCACCCAGGAGCAACUGGAAAGCCUCACCCAAGAUGACAUUGAAGACCUAAAGCAACUGGUAGAAACCCAGGGUCUGUACAUGCAGAGAGACCAGUCUGGACAGGGCAUCCUGACAGUGAGAGGGUUAAAAGAUGGAGUCAGCCUGGUGAUGCAGAUGGUAAAUGGGUUUCAGCAGGGCUCCCUCAUCAGAGAAAUGAGAGUCAGGGAUGAGGAUGAGUUGUACCUUCGUGUUGCUUGGUGCAUCCUAGGAUGUAAUGGAAACUGGGAGAGACUCCCCAAAACAGCCAAUUAUGACCUGGAAAACAAUGAUGCAUCAGGUGAGAUGGUGGACGCACGAGGCAACUCAUGGAGCGUGAAUCUGCAGGCAAUGGAGGCCACAAGACGACAAACUGGACAAAAGACAAAGCUAAAACGACUUGAGAAUCAUCCAGACUUCACUCUGCCUCUGUAUUGGGACAACAUGACGGCUUCUGAGACCACCAAGGUGGUGGUCCUGCAGCCUUCCUCUGCAGAGUAUCAGACAGUGAAGGAGGCCUUUAAACGAACAGUCAAAAAGACUGUAACAAAGAUUGAGCGUGUGCAGAACAUCCACCUGCGUCGUGCCUAUGAAGCACUAAAGAAGCAAAUUUCUGACAAGACCAAACUGGAGAAUGGAGGUGAAAAGCUUCUGUACCAUGGGACAAGCAAAGACAACUGCAGCUCUAUCAUGAACACUGGCUUCAACAGGAGCUUUGCUGGACAAAAUGCCACGGCAUAUGGUCAUGGAACCUACUUUGCUGUAGACGCCAGCUAUUCAGCCAAUCCCACCUACUCUAUCCCAGCUGCUGAUGGUUCUCAGUUAAUGUUUGUGGCUCGAGUCCUGACUGGAACUUACACUGUUGGCCGCAGUAACAUGAAGGUGCCUCCACCUCGUGACAACCAGCAGCCAGACGACCGCUACGACAGUUUGGUUAAUAACAUAAGCACCCCCAGCAUGUAUGUUGUGUUCCAUGACAGCCAGGCGUACCCAGACUACCUCAUCACCUUCAUCUGAUGGCAGUGGGAAAACUUAAAUAUAGUGUUGAGUUAUAUAUAUUUAUAUUAAUAUUAUAUAUCACAGGUGUCUGUCCUCGAGGGCCACUGUUCCUUAGAGGUGGGCGGCUCGACCCCAAUAUCGAUAAUAUCGAUACUUUGGUUGAAUUUUUACUCCCGUAUCCACUGCUGCCGUAAGGCAAGACAGACAAGAUAGUUAGGCGACCUAACUAUCUUAUCUGUCUGCAAAUUUUUAAGAAGGUGCCUGUGUGUGUAUGCCAGAGCGAUGCAGACACACACUAACAGCUCUCCUCUCCCCUUCACUCCUCCUUCCUGCUUUGACUCAGCGACAAACAUCAUGAGGAGAAAACAGACAAGCCGAAAAUGAAACAACAGCAACCUGUACAAUCUGCAAAACAGCUGUUAAAUACAGUGGCAACACCAACAAUUUUAUAUUUACUGUUGAACUUUGUGUUUUAUUAAAUGAAUAAUACAAUUUAAAACAAAACACCUGAAAGUCAUGAAAAUUGGUCAGGUUGGGGCCCUCAAGGACUUUAGCUUUGGAGUGGUAUUUGUUCAGGCAAAUACAUAGUUUUGUGUUUUUUUUCAAAUGCUUCAAUAGGAGGAGUCAUUUAAAAUCAAAAAUGAAAACCAAAAGUUUUUUGCACAAAUGUUCCUGUAGUUGAAAGACUAAAAUGAUAAUAUUUCAUUAUUGUACUUACAUGAAGGACUGUUUCUUAUUUAAAAGACAUAGAAUAAAGCUAAAAAUAAGUAAAAAAAAAAAAAAGGGCCAGAAAAAGACCGAUUUUGUGAAAAACUUGCCAAGUGCAGAUUUUCAGGCAAACCUGUUAGCCCAGUUAGCAAAGUUUAGUUGGGGGGACGGGAAAGUCAUUACAGAGUAUCGGUUACCGGAAAAUACAAGCUUUAGCGCUUUCUGGAAAUCACAGUACCAGACAGCUACUUGCUGUGUAGCAUGCAAUCUGAAAAUUCAAUUUCAACAUUUAAAAUGAAGAAGAACUGUUGAUUAUUUAACCCUCUGUCCAUUUUGAAGGAAACUGUGAAGCAAAAUGAAAUGUUGCAUGUUUUUUACAAAUUGACGAUUUGAAAUAGACAAAACCCACAGUGUGUUUAUUGCUUUUAGCAACCUAAAACAACCUGACAAACCCACCACAUCCAUGUCAUACACCUUCAAAGGUUUGCAUGUUAGAGUUUUAGUUUUGUUUGUUUAAAACUGCUUUUAAAAAACAAACCCAAGCUGCCACACACAUUUUUCUAUAAAAAUGUUCUAUGCUGUAACAAGAUAGGUACUGUAUACAAAUCAUACAUGUAUUUGCAUUAUACAUACAUCAUACAUGUAUGUAUAAUGCAGACAGAGGUCAAAGACAUUAAAAACCAGCUUGACAAUAAGAUUAUGAUGACUCCUUUGAAUAUAAAUAAAUAUAAAAACAGUUAAAUUCCCUAUAGAGCUAAUAACUCUGUGUGCAGCAGGGCUGCAGUUCAGUUGCCUUUCCUGUCAUUGGACCAGGACUGGUACUAAAAUACCCAGAGACACGCAGUAUCAGUCUGGGUCUCUGUCCACCAUCCAUGUUGUCAUUAAAUCUGGCUAUGCUAAUACAGUAGAUGUGACAAGUGUAACUAAGAGGAAUGUAUAACUUAUAAAUGUGUUAUUGAAAAUUG